UGUUACUCUUGACCGCGACCUGAGGCUUAUUGCAUACUCUCUACUCUGCUGUGCACAGAACCUGCUCGGAGGAUCGGAGAUUGCACGCUCUGCCGGUUGUGCGCAACGACCACCAAUAUGGCGGACACUUCGAGCAUCGAGAAGAACGAUGUUCUUCACAAGGAAUCGUUCCAGGACCAUGACAUCAAGAAGGUCGAGGCCAGCCAUCUUGCUGUGCUUACGGAAGAAGAAAAAGCCAUCGAGAGGAAGCUGGUCAAGAAGAUCGAUAUACUGAUCAUGCCCUUGGUGGUUUUGGUCUACUUGAUGAACUACAUCGAUCGCAACAAUUAUGCGGCCGCUCGAUUGCAAGGAUUGGAGGAAGAUCUUGGUCUGAGUCCUACCCAGUACCAAUUGGGAUUGAGUAUCCUGUUCGUGGGAUAUGUGCUUAUGCAAGUUCCCUCAAACUUGUUGCUCAACUACUGCGGAAGACCGGCCUACUACCUCGCUUUCUUUAUUGUUAUAUGGGGUCUGGUCUCUACGCUUACAUCGCAAGUCACCAACCCAGCUGGUAUUAUCGCAUGCCGGUUCAUCCUCGGAGUGGUCGAGGCUCCCUUCUUCCCGGGAGUUUUGUUUUAUUUGUCAAAAUGGUACACGAAGACGGAGCUCAAUCUUCGCAUGUCCAUCUUUUACUCCGGUUCACUGAUAUCUGGAGCUUUUGGCAACUUGAUCGCGGCUGGUAUCCUGAACGGCCUCGAUGGCACUCGAGGGCUUAGCGCAUGGCAGUGGUUGUACAUUAUCGAAGGUGUGAUCACAAUCGCCAUCGGUAUUGUGGUAGCCUUUGUGCUGCCUGACUUCCCCGAUACAUGGCGACUGCUCUCUCCAGAGAUGAAGGCUGUUGCAAACCGAAGAAUGGCACUUGACGCCGCUGAGGCAGACGUUGAUGUUGGCGGAGGAAUGUCCCAACUUCAAGGGCUGAAGGCUGCAUUCACUGAUCCAAAGACGUACAUCCUUGCCUUGGCUUACCACGGAAUCACUGGAGCGGCCGGAUUCCAAAACUUCUAUCCAACAUUGACUGCCAGUUUGUAUCCGGACCUUACCGGCUUCACGCUUCGUGUUCGCUCGUUGCUGCUGUGCGCACCUCCUUACAUCUUCACGGUCUUUUGGUCGCUCGCCCAUGGUAUUGCUUCCGACAAGGUCGGCAAUCGAUUCUGGUUCUACUCUUACCCGGUCCCGAUCGUUAUUGCUGGCGCUCUGGUCUUCAUGUUCACCGAUUCUUUCGGAGGUCGUUACUUCAGCUUGUUCAUGCUGAAUGCCAUUUUCGUCAUGAACGGUACCAUUUAUGCCUGGAUUGCAAACGCAAUCCCACGUCCUCCUGCCAAGCGAGCUGCCGCCGUAGCAUUCAUGAACAGUGUGGGUAACGCGGCUUCCAUUUGGACGCCUUUCACGUACGGAUCGAAUGAUGGUCCGCACUACAUUACCGCCAUGGGAAUCAAUAUCGCCCUUGUCGGUAUUGCAGGUAUCUGUGGUAUCGUCAUGCGCUUCUACCUGCAGUAUCAGAACAGGCAGCUCGAGCGUAUGGAAAACAGCGACGCCACGCUUACUGCAAGAGACUUGAAGAAGCUGGAGAAGACUGCUGAGAUUGAAGGCAUCACUGUCGCAGAAGCGAGAGAAUUGCAGAGGGGUUACAGAUACAUCAUCUAGAGAUGUAGCAGCAAAGAUACAUGCAGAGGUGGUGCGUGCGCGCGACCAUCCUUUCCAUCAGCAACUCACACAUCACCUUACCUCUGGACUUUUCCAACUUGUUCGUCUUCGU